AUGAAGUCAAGACUAAUUAAACCAAUAACUAGAAGACCACUACUACCAUCAACAAUAUCAACAUAUUUUAAAAAUUCAAUAGGAUUUUCAUUUAGAUUAACACCAACUCCAACAAAUCCAGAAGAUUUAAAUUUCAUUUAUGAUGAAUUAAAUAAACUUGCUCCUAUUGAUAUUUUUAAAACUUUACAUAAUGAAAAACAUGGAUUUUUCGUUAAUUUAAUAUUUAAUCCAUGUCGUGAAGAAAGUUGGUAUGGAAUGAUUGGAAAUUCACAAGAUCAAACACAAGAAGAACAAGAACUACUACUACGAUCAAGUUUGGGAUAUCCUGGUAAAGGAAAUGUUAUUUAUGAUUCAUUACCAUUAGAAAUUGAACCUGAAUUUGUUCAACUGAUUAAAAAUAAAUUAAUUAAUGAUAAAUUAUCUAAAAUUAUAGCUAUUCCAAGAUAUGAAUUUAUAAAGAAUAAUAAAGAUUAUUUUAAUGAUAAAUUACUGAUUUAUUUUUCACAUAAUUUAAAAACACCAAAUUUUAGAAAAAGAUAUAAAUUGAAUUCUUCAAUUGGUUCAAAUUCUUUAAUUUAUAUUGAUAUUAAUCAAGGUGAAGAAGAUGUUGUUGAUAUUGAGAAAUUAAGAAAUGAAAUUAGACAUAACUUUACUAAAUUUUAUAAAUUUGAUAAAAUUGAAAUUUUAAAUGAUAAUGUUUAUAGAUUAUUAAAUAAAAAUAUAUUUAAAUGA